AUGGCCCGGGUACAUCCCAAAGAGACGAGAAGCUCAGGGGACUCAGAUGCAGGUGGUCCUGCUGUUCACUGUCCACCGACUUCCUCGCCUGCGUCGCCUGACAACUCAGCGCCAAAGGUUGGGGAUGCGGAGUCCAAGGAGUCUGAAAACUUUGAGCAUUUGAGAGAAAUGAAGAUGUGCUUGCCAACAGCAUCCAGCACUUUCAUAGCCUCCAUGAUUUCUUCAGUCCUCAUGUUCAUGGGCCUUAUAGCCUUCGGGCUGGCCGAGGGGCCGGACCUGGCUCGACCAAGCUGGCAGACGCUCAUAUGCCGCUUUGCUGGCUGGAUCUUUCUAUUUGUCCUGCCCAUCAUGGGACUUGCUGGGCCCUCUGUUCGGGAUUUCGUGCUUUCAGGCGUUGCGCCCGAGGGCUGGGGAUGUCUAACGGGACAUCCGGCGGCGUGGAUGCAACAGAUUUUGACUUUUGCAGUCUAUGCCAUGCUGACGUUUCUUCCCAUCCGCGAAGGGCAGCCUCUCGGGUUUUUUUUGGUCUUCGUAUUCGGCAACAUCUUGUCACUGCCGAGCGGAGCCGUUCUUGUUUGGCUCUUUGGUCCAAGUUGUAUUUGCUUCCGGUACGCACGGUCAGUUGCUCCUACAUGCCAUAUGUUGCCUAUCGUCGGCUUUGGCAUCUUACUGUCUGGCUACCUGGUGCUGAGAGAUGCUGCUGGAGUUUGGAUCGGGGUUUUACUGCCAUUGCUGCUGACAACCUAUGAGUACAUCGGCACUCAGUUGGCGGCUCGUAACUUCACCGAAAGUUUUGUCACAAGGCCAGAAGUGCGCGAGCAGUACCCGGGCACAAACCAAGGCAUUGUGAUCUCCAUAUCCACUUGCACCUUUCAUGCCAUGGCCGAAGGAGCACGCUUAACUCUGCUCUACAUUGACCACCUGCAGAACAAGGACUCUCAACCGCUCUUGCCGAUAAUCAGCUCGGUUGUGUGGAACAUACUCUUGCGCCUGGGAUGCGUGGACCGCACCAUCCAUUUCGUCACUCGUGGCUGGUUCAAGCCCAAGAAUGCAUCGAAGUUCUUGAGAGAUGCUGGUUACUGUAUGGGCUAUCCCCGUAUGGGAGCAGUUGCCGCCUUGCUGUUGGCACGCCUUUCUCUUGGCAACCCUGCAGUCUUGAGCGAGACGGAGGGAGUGCUGUGGGUGUUCAUCAUCGGAGCAGAGCUUCUGGAAGAUCUGCUCAGCUACGUUCUGUGGCGAGCGGGCAUCGACUUCUCACCUGUGAAGUUGUUCGCCACUGAUGAAGAGGUGGAGCAAAUGUCCGAGAAGAAAAUUGUGAGGAGACUCAGCAACCUUAGUCAGCAGGCAUCUUCGGACGCACUUGCAGUGGUGCCACAGCCACCACGAAAGCCUACUCAUGCAACCUCAUCCAUUGAUUCAACCUCAUCCAGAGGUUCAGCUCAGCACGAUCUGGAAAUGCAGCACCUUGCUACUGUCGAGUCUGUGAAAUUGGAAGUGCGUGAGAGCCAUGACUUCAACUAUGGCCCGGUUGACUUUGGCAGUUUGCCCUUCUGGGCGCAUUUGUUUCCAGUCGUCCUGUCGCAGUUCCACACAAUCUUGGCCAUGAUCGUGCUUUCAGAUGGCCUCGUGUACGCCUUAGGCUUUUGUCACCACGAUGACAUGAGCCCGCAACGAGGUGUGCUUUGGUGGCCUUUACCUGACAGCGGUCAAAUGUGUACAUGA